AUGCCUCAGCGUCGGCGCUGGAUCCUGGAACUGCACUUGCGCGACAAGCAUCCAGGAGUCUCACCGGACUCGCUACUCGGUCCCUCCCCAAUGGCCUUGGGCCGGGCAAAACGAGCUCGACGUUCUGCCGAGGAGAGUGAUACAAGUGCCGCCGCCGGCCCCAAACCUCCAAAAAGCUCCCGAGGUAAAACAACACCCAGAGAGUGCAAUGAGAAGGAGGAGGAGGUGGAGAAGGAGAAGGCGGGUGCGGAAGGAGGGGAAGAAGAUCCGGACAACAACACAGACACAAUCAAUCACACCGAGUCUCGCCCCGCAGUGUCAGUGAGACUGAAGCUCGAGCCAUCUACAGACUUCGUGCCGCCACUGGUUGGUGGUGACGAUACCCACCAGACGGUGGACCCUCCGGGCCCGCUACCUGGACCUCAGGGCUCAGCUCUGUCCCCGUCUGGCGGGGCGAUUUUGCCACCCGCUGGAGACUGA